AAUGUUGUCUUGUCUUUGGUAUGAGCAAUGAACAUUGAACAAGUAGAGAAAUUAAUAAAAUUAAAGUAAUGAAAUGAAACGAGCACAGACUGAUAACUGAAUUUGGCAAUGAGUAAGAAACGGGGAGGAAGGCAUCUUCUUUCAUUUUGUGUUGUUUAAUUUACUAUAAGUACAGUUUGAUGUCUUUUAUUUAAUGUAUAACACGGCCGAUAUAUGUCCGCGAGAGGUGUAGAAGAGUAAUGUUUGGGUGAUGGAGUCACCGCCUUCGUUUUCAACACAUUCCGAGGUGCCUCCUUUAAGUGAAGAUAGUGGUCUACUCAUCACCAGCGGAUCAUUCUCGAGCGAUUCCGCUAGCGGCUGGCAUCACGUUACAUCCGAGUUACAAGAGAGUGACUUUGAUGAGAAAUCUCUGUCACUAUGCGAGUCGACGGAGACAUCGGAGCGAAUGUGUGGCGAUUUUUUUAACACUGUCAAGAAAGGCCCUGGAAAAGUAUUAUUAACGACUAUUGACCCACCGCCUGAAUUUCAGGAUAACCCAGUGCCCCUUAAUAUUGUGGAAGUCGCAACUUUAUUUGUACCUCCAACCGUUGUGUAUAACAAUGACUCUGUAAAGUCGAAAUCAUCGGUUCUUGAAAUUCCUAUGACAACGAGACAUUUGUCUCCAUUAUACGCGAAGAAAUUGAAACCGGAAUCUUUGUACGAGCGGCGGCAGUGCCUGAACCACCGGUUCGCGAGCCCGCGGCUGCUGCACCUGAGCCCGUGCCGCGGCGCGCGCCCCUCCUCGCGGAACUCCCUCACCUCCCGUCUCUCCAGCAGUCAUAACUCCCUCAUCACACAGUUCCAGGACGAUUCCAGCUUCAUCACCCAAGCCAUCUCUCACGACACGCUCUCCGCCAACACCUGCGACAUCACUGACAUGUACAAUGUGCCCUUCGACAGCGACAUCUAUGCUGUCCCCGUCGACAUGGUUCGCCCCGGUCAAAGCAAUAUGAGAAAAGGCAAAAAACCACCCAGGACCAACAAGAAACGCGGCAAAACCGCAUCCCAAAAUUUGACUACGAAUCACGUGCAGACCGACAGAAAUCACAAGCCAAAGGAAACGACGAACCGACAUAAAGAUUCCAAAAAUAAAAGGCACAGCUUGCCAAGUUCGUCUUGUAGGAAGAACAUAUCUGACUCAGAGGCGGACUCGCUCCACCUGACGUUGCGCGAAAUGCGUAAAUAUUUGCACACUCUGUACUCUAGCUCGAGCGACUCCGAGUGCCGGAACACGCUGAACAAGAAGAAUAAUAUAACGAACGUGGAGAUACACGUGCGGCCAUCGAAAGACGCCAAGACUAAUAAGGAUAAUGAGAUAUGCAGUGCGUUAGAAACGAAUAACAAUCAUAAAAAGUCUCAUAAAAACUCUUUUGGUAUGAAUAUUAAGAAUAAGAAGCAUAAAGAGGUUCCUAAGGACGAUACGGCCGAUAAGAGUGUUAAGACGCCGCGUCAGAGUCAAAAGAAGAUGUCGCCGGUGCGGAUUUUAUCGUUGAACUUGAAGCAGAGUUUUUGUAAUCUGUUUCGGUGGCGGCGGGCGGGGGGGUUGGAGCGGGAGCGGGGGGAGGAGGUGGUGGUCGAGCCGCCGGCGGCGGUGCGGCGCGCGCUGCCGCCGCUGCCGUCCGCGCCGCACUCCUCACGCCGAGAGGGAGACGACGCCGUCAUGGACUUCGCUACCUCCAUACAGAGGGUCAAAGACUAUGGCUGGUAUUGGGGUCCUAUAUCGGUGGAGGCGGCCGAGAAGAUCCUCUCUAACGAGCCGGACGGGUCGUUCAUAGUGCGCGACAGUAGCGACGACCAUUACAUAUUCACAUUAACUUUUAAGCUAAAUGGAAUGAGACAUGUAAGGAUUGAACAUGAUCAGGGUAAUUUCUGUUUCGGCGGAUGCACAAUGUUCAAAGCGCAGACAAUAGUGGAGUUCAUAGAGAACGCGGUGGAGACGUCGCGCAGCGGACGCUACCUGUUCUUCCUGAACCUGCGGCCCGUGCUCGGGCCCGUGCGCGUGCAGCUGCUGUACCCCGUCUCGCGGUUCAAGCGCGUGCAGAGCCUGCAGCACAUGUGCAGGUUUGUGAUAUUAAAAUACGUAAGACGGGACCUGAUAAGCAGCCUGCCGUUGCCGAGACGUCUCCUGGACUACCUAAACGCCACGCACUACUACUCUGAACUCCUUGCCGAAAUAUAGGACCUGUUUGUUGGUUAGUUCUAUUUGUGUAACGCGCGAUAGCCCGUCGACAUCGAUUGACAACCGACAGAAGGAACCAAAUGUGAUCAUUGACUUGUACUGAGAUUUAAGAUUUUUUAGCGACUGCCACGAUUGUAUUUAUCGAUGUUGGGAUGUGGUAGAUACGAAUGGCGAAUGAUUUUAUUAUUUUGGGAAAGUCACAUCCGUAUAUAGCCAUGCGAUACAUAUGUAAUCAUUUUGCAUUCCAUUAAUUCAAAAUAAUUUAUCACGCAAUAUUUAGAUAUUCAACGUAUUUUCUUUAUUGUACCUGAUAGUAUUGCUAUUAUUAGUAGACUUGUUGGUUUAUACACGAUGCAGCGUUCAAACUAAGCCUGAUGAUGGCGGACCU